AUGACUAAGUUCAGUGUGUGUAAUGAAUCUGACACAUAUGUUGUGAACCUGGCAGAAAAGACUUGUGCUUGUCGUAAAUGGGACCUAUCAGGUAUACCUUGUGCACAUGCUAUUGUGUGCAUAUGGUACAAUGGCUUGGUUGUUGAAAACUAUGUCUCAUCUUACUAUAGAAAAUCACAGUGCCUUGCAACUUAUGCUCAUAUUGUGCUGCCAUCAAAUGGACCAAGAUUGUGGCCAGUCACAAAUACUGAACACAUCCAUCCACCUGUCAUGAGACAGGCACCAGGAAGACCCAAGAAGCUGAGGAACAAGAGCAAUGAUGAGCCAAAAAAUUCUGGUGUGCUACCAAGGCAGUUGAAGACUGUAAAAUGCACACAUUAUGGAAAGUAUGGGCAUAAUAGUAGGACAUGUAAAGGCAAAAGUGCUGCUGACAGGCAGAUUCCAAAGGGAGGAAACAAGCAGCCUAAUAAGAAGCAGAAAGCAAAUGAUGCUGAAGUUAUUCCUCAAGGGUCACAGGCUCCACAAACACAACCAUCUCAGCAGUAG